AUGUAUGUCACCCAGAACCUCUACUCUUUUGAACCCUUUGCUGAUGCAAGUGAAGGUAAUGAUCUGUUUCCUGCUGGGUCUGAGAAUUAUAUCCACAUAAGAAUUCAACAGAGGAACAGUAGGAAGACCUUUACUACUGCCCAAGGCAUCGCUGGUGAUUACGAUAAUAGGAAACUAGUGAAGGUGUUUAGGAAGAAAUCUGCCUGCAAUCGUACUACAGUUGAGCAUCCGGAAUAUGGAGAAGCGAUUUCGUUGCAGGGUGACCAACACAAGAACACACGCCAGUUCCUCACAGAGAGUGGACUGGCUAAGGACGAUCAGUUGAAGGUUCGUGGGUUUUACUUGUCACAAGUUUAUAAACCUCAUGGAAGCGAUAAGAAGAAAAGUAAGGCAGAUCCAGGGUAA